UCUUCCUUGGUGUUCCUCACUGUUCUUGUUUGCAAGGGUUUUAAUAGUGGCGCCAAUAUGUGACUUGAGGUUGAAGGAGAAGAGGUGAAGCAAAAGCACCACAACUCAGCGAUCUGAUAAAUCACUUUUUCCUUUUCUUUUUUCUCUCGCUGGCGUGGGAUGGGAAUUGAAGUAACAGCAUGAAAACCUGUUGUUGAAGCGCAAAGAUAUCAGCAAAGCAGCCAUAUAUGGGAUCCCGCAUCCUAGCCAGUGCUUCAUAAGAUAUGGUGAUAGCAGCGUCACUUCGACUGCGUACUGGGAGGUGUAAUAAUAGCUUCGAAACAUUGCUUGCUCCAAACACCUUAUGCACUGCAGCAAAGUGGGAUGCGGCCUGGUCAUAACUAAAGAAUUUGCUGGUUAGCACUAGAAAGUUGCUUCUAAAGUUUGAAAUGAGCCGCAGUGAGUUUCGGGAAAUUUUUUUGACUGGAGUGAAAAGCAAGCUAUAGAGAUCAGUGCAUGACGACUAAAAACAUUUCCUUUUUCGCUACUGAGAAGCAAUAAUUUGCUGUCAUAGGCAGAAUUUCCUACUCAUAGAGUGCAUGAGUCAUUGCAUCUAUUUGCCUGAUUGUGGUUAUAUAAUUUAUAUUCCUACACUUAAUCAGGUUGGGUUGUUGGCCACUGAGAACAGGUUUCGUUUCAAGUCCAGGAGAAGCUCACAUGUCCAUCAGCAACAGUUGAGAAGAGAUGGUGGGGAGGAAGCUUUUCGGCUUUUGAGUUUACCGAUGGAAGUGUCUUUCUCUAUCAAAGAUGGAAGUGUCUUUCUCUAUCAUGGAUCAGCUGGAAGUCUUACUUUCCGGCCCUUGUGGGAAUGCUCUACGCUUGCUGGUUCUGUUCUUGUCCAUUUUUGCAUGUGCAUGAGCUCCUACAAGUUAUAGCUGAGCUUAAAUGGGUCAAGCACUGGAGCUUCAGUUCCAACAUCAUCCUUCUUGGGCGGCAGCUUGAAGAAAGUGAGCUCAAGAAUCCCAAACUCAAAGAUAGCAUCUGGGAAUGGCAAGGUUUUUGCGGAGUAUGAUGAGCAGAAGCAGACCCCUAAGGACAGAUGGGCAGGACUUGUCACUGAUCAAUCUGAUGAUCAGCAAGACAUUACCAGAGGAAAGGGUAUGGUGGACUCACUCUUCCAAGCCCCCCAGAAUAGUGGAACUCACUAUGCUGUCAUGAGCUCUUAUGAAUACCUCAGUACCGGUCUCCGCCAAUUCAACUUGGACAACAACAUGGACGGAUUUUACAUUGCUCCUGCCUUCAUGGACAAGCUUGUUGUUCACAUCACCAAGAACUUCAUGACCCUGCCUAAUAUCAAGGUUCCUCUUAUCCUGGGUAUUUGGGGAGGCAAAGGUCAAGGGAAAUCCUUCCAGUGUGAGCUUGUUUUUGCCAAGAUGGGGAUUAACCCUAUCAUGAUGAGUGCUGGAGAGCUGGAAAGUGGAAACGCUGGAGAACCAGCUAAGCUGAUCAGGCAAAGAUACCGUGAAGCAGCAGACAUAAUCAGAAAGGGAAAGAUGUGCUGCCUCUUCAUCAAUGAUCUCGACGCAGGAGCUGGUCGUCUUGGUGGAACCACACAAUAUACUGUCAACAACCAGAUGGUUAAUGCCACUCUCAUGAACAUUGCUGAUAACCCAACAAAUGUCCAGCUCCCCGGUAUGUACAACAAGGAGGAGAAUCCCCGUGUCCCCAUUAUUGUCACUGGUAAUGACUUCUCUACAUUGUAUGCUCCUCUUAUCCGUGAUGGUCGUAUGGAGAAGUUCUACUGGGCUCCUAAUAGAGAGGAUCGUGUUGGUGUGUGCACCGGUAUUUUCAGGACUGACAAUAUUGCUAAGGAAGACAUUGCCAAGAUUGUUGACACCUUCCCAGGCCAAUCAAUCGAUUUCUUUGGUGCCCUGAGGGCCAGAGUUUAUGAUGAUGAGGUAAGGAAGUGGGUCUCAGAGGUUGGUGUUAAUGGCAUUGGAAAGAAGCUUGUGAACUCAAAGGAAGGACCUCCAGAGUUUGAGCAACCAAAGAUGACCCUGGAGAAGCUCCUUGAGUAUGGAAACAUGCUUGUCCAAGAGCAAGAGAACGUGAAGAGAGUGCAGUUGGCUGACAAGUACUUGAGCGAUGCCGCUCUUGGUGAUGCCAAUGAAGAUGCUAUCAAAAGUGGAACUUUCUACGGCAAGGCAGCCCAGCAAGUGGGUUUUCCAGUACCAGAAGGUUGCACCGAUCGUAGCGCAGAUAACUUUGACCCAACGGCUAGGAGUGAUGAUGGAAGCUGCCAUUACCCAAUUUAGGCCUUGUGGUCUAUGUGUUGAGGUGGGAAGAGAAGCACUUGAUGAUAUAAGGAUGUGGAUUGUCAAAUAAUGUUUGUUGUGUGUUCUCCUUAUGUUUUAAGUGGAUUUCUUGUCCUCUAAUUUUGUGAUUUUAUGUAAAUCCAACCACAAUCUGUAAAAGUUUCUUUUGUCGUUCGACCCAUAUGUACUUUGUGCAGUUAAUGUCUCAUGCUGGCAGGAAUCCAAAUGUAGGCUGGCAGCUGGUUCACAGCUCAA